GCCGCACUUCCUUAUUUAACUGCGGGAUUGACAAGUACUGACAUCAGCGGAAGAGAGCACCCUUUAGUCUCCGCCGGCUACCUUUCCCGGCCCUCCUGUUAACUUUACGCCGCAGGCCAGCGGACCACCGCCGCCCCUUCGGAAAGCGCGAGGGUCGGUACGCGGCUGCCCCGUGGGGGAAAGUGAGCGCGACGCCCCGCGAGACGGACGUGGAGGUAACGCGGCACGAAGGUAAAGCAGCCGCUUCCGCGUCGCGCGCCGAUGUGGGGCGCAUUUUUAGGGCAGGGAAGCUGCGCUCCGAAGGGGUUAAACCAGCAGCGUCCCCGAGCAUUUACCGACGAGGCGCCGUGUCCUUAAAAGGUCCCUACCUCCUCCACCGCCAAACCAUGAAGUGACGAAAAGCAUCGGCAGCCCCGGGAUAUCUCUGCACACGGUCUAAGAGGAAAAAAAAAACACCCGACGGUUUCCCAAAGCCGAGGCGAUCUCCCGGCCCCGUUUCCCGGAGGAUGCCAGCCGGAGUCUGUGGCUGCUGUGGCCCCUUGAGGCCUCGCUACAAGCGCCUUGUGGACAACAUUUUUCCCGAGGAUCCCAAGGAUGGCCUGGUCAAGUCGGACAUGGAGAAGCUGACGUUCUACGCUGUGUCUGCCCCGGAGAAGCUGGACCGCAUUGGGGCUUAUCUGGCCGAGAGACUGACCCGAGAUGUCCUGCGACACCGCUAUGGUUACGUCGUCAUCGCCAUGGAGGCCCUGGACCAGCUGCUGAUGGCGUGCCACUCGCAGAGCAUCAAGCCCUUCGUUGAGAGCUUCCUGCACAUGGUAGCCAAGCUGCUGGAAUCCCAGGAGCCAGACCUGCAGGUCCUUGGGACCAACUCGUUUGUCAAGUUUGCCAACAUUGAGGAGGACACACCUUCUUACCACCGGCGGUAUGACUUCUUCGUGUCCCAGUUCAGUGCCAUGUGCCAUUCCACUCACGAGGACCCAGAGACCCGGACGAGGAUCCGCGUGGCGGGCAUCCGCGGCCUGCAGGGCGUAGUGAGGAAGACGGUGAACGACGAGCUGCAAGCCAUCAUCUGGGAGCCGCAGCACAUGGACAAGCUCAUCCCCUCCAUGCUGUUCAACAUGCAGGAGGCCGACGAGUUUGACAGGACGGGCCACCCAAGCUCCCCAGCGGGCGCGGAGCGUGAGGAGAACCCGGCGGUGCUGGCGGAGAGCUGCUUCAGGGAGCUGCUCGGGAGGGCAGCCUACGGCAACAUGAACAACGCCGUGCGGCCUGUGCUUGUACAUCUCGAUAACCACCACUUGUGGGAGCCCAAUGAGUUUGCGGUGUCCUGUUUCCGGAUCAUCAUGUACUCCAUACAGGCGCAGCAUUCCCACCACGUGAUCCAGCAGGUGCUGGGCCACCUGGACACCCAUAACAAGGACACUCCUCGGGUGCGAGCCGGCAUCGUGCAGGUGCUCCUGGAGACCGUGGCCAUCGCUGCCAAGGGAUCUGUCGGCCCCACGGUGCUGGAGGUGUUCAACACGCUGCUGAAGCAUCUGCGCAUGAGCGUGGACUUCGAGAUGGGCCCCGACUCCAGACGCAGCUCCUCCGCCAGCGUGGUGUCGCGUACCAAGGAGAGCGAGGAGAGGAUCGUCCAGAACGCCAUCAUCCAGACCAUUGGCUUCUUUGGGGGUAACCUUCCAGACUAUCAGCGGGCAGAGGUGAUGAUGUUCAUCAUGGGCAAAGUGCCCGUGGACGAGGCACCCAGCCUGGACACCGCCAAGAUCGGGCAACUGGGCAUGAAGCGGAUUCAGACAAUGCUCCUCAGCUCGCUGAUCAUGGUGACGUCCGGCUUCAAGGCGAAGACCAUGUCGGCUGCCCUGCCCCCACCCUUCUUGGACCCGCUCUUCUCCAUCUCCCUGAUGGAGGACAGUGAGCUCAGGCAGCUGGUGCUGGAAAUCCUUCACAACAUCAUCGAUCGCCACGACAAUCGGGCCAAACUCCGGGGCAUCAGAAUUAUUCCCGACGUUGCGGCCUUGAAGAUCAAGAGGGAGAAGAUAUCCAAACAAGAUGUCAGUUUUAUGAAGAAGCAUGGGCAACAGCUGUACAGGCACAUCUACCUAGGCUGCAAGGAGGAGGACAACGUCCACAAGAACUUCGAGCUGCUCUUCACGGCUCUGGCCCUCAUCACCAUCGAGCUGGCCAACGAAGAGGUGGUCAUUGACCUCAUCCGGCUGGCUAUCGCACUGCAGGACAUGGCCCUGGCCAACGAGGAGAACAUGCCCAUGUUCAUCCGCUGCAGCAUCAUGGCUCUGGUGGCGGCCUACCUGAACUUCCUCAGCCAGAUGAUCGCCAACCCACCGUUCUGUCAGUACGUGGGCAAGGUCCUUGAGAUGAGGAACCUGGAAGCUCCCUACCUUCUGCCUGAGCACGUCUUCAGGGAGAAAUGCCCGCUGCCAGGUUCCCUCGACAUGGAUGACCAGAACUUGUACUUUCAGACCCACGAGAUCGCCGAGCUGUUGGCCGGCCCGAGUUACGGCGUGGACCGGCUGUCGGUGGCGUAUGUGCCACAGGUGACAGAUGAAGACCGCCUCUCCAGAAGGAAGAGCUUUGUAGACACGAUGUCGCUCCAGGUGGACAUCGUCUCCAGCAGCUUACCAGACAAGUCCCAGCUGGCUGAAGAAAUCACCUUCGAGACAUUGAAAAAGGCCAUCGACACGACGGGAAUGGAGGAGCAGGAGAAGGAGAAGAGGAGGCAAGUGAUUGAGAAGUUCCAGAAGGCUCCGUUCGAGGAGAUCGCGGCCCACUGCGAGUCGAAGGCCAAUAUGUUGCACGACAGAUUGGCACAAAUUUUCGAGCUGACAAUCCGGCCGCCGCCCAGCCCGUCUGGUGCCGUGACGAUCACCGCUGGGCACGCCCAGUACCAGUCCGUCCCCGUGUAUGAAAUGAAGUUCCCCGAUCUGUGUGUGUAUUAAAUCCGCUGCUUUCGCGCGCUCUGCUGGCAUCAUCGCCAUCAUUUCAGGAUCUUCUGUGAACCACCUUCAGGGGAACUCGCUUUAAGAAAAAAAACAUGUUCUUAUCCAUUUUUUAUUUGUUGUUUUAUUUUUUGGGAGGCGGGGACUUGCACGCUUGCUGGAGAUAUGAAAGGUUAUUUUAAAGGUCGGCGGUUAAGAAUCCGCCCCUCCCCAUCAGAAAAUCUGACGUCAGAUGUUUCUGAGAUAUUUGAUUCCUGAAAGUUUUAGCUGACUGUGGGAGGUGGUGGGGGGGUGGUCUUAUUUUAAGAGGUAUAAUGAAAGCCUUCGUGCUGAGUCAGUGCACAUAUCUUGACCUUCUGAAGAAAAAUGAUCAACUUGUACAAUGUAUUUGUGCCCUAAGGCUGCUGGAUUUAUGCAGCUUUGAUGCAAUCAAAGACGGAUUGGUCGCCUCAACGGUGAGGUCGGCCUGUCACGCUGCCAGCUGAGGAUUCUGGGAUGUUGAAUGGUUUUUGUAAAAUCUUCGUACGCAGAUCAGGUAAUCAGUCAGUCAGGGAUAAGUAUACUGAUUCAAGGUUAAUUUCAGGGUUGAUAUAAAUGUAUAUCUUGAACUAUUUGACAGUCAUGAGGAUUAUAUUCUUUGUAUGGUGUGAUAUUUAGGUUUGUCGGCAUGCUGAUGGUGCCGUUUAGGGCCUCCACGCCGGUGUCUUGGUGAGUCUUCAGAGGAUCCUAUCCUGCGGGUUUAGCUUCCUUCAUUGGGAGACUUUGAAGACUAGAAGUAGACUGUUGAGUCUAUCGAGCGACACCUACGAUUAAGGAUUAGGGUGAGAGGCGAGCCUGAGCGUCUUCAGCCGACCUCUGUCGCCGAGAGCUUUCCAGUCGGCAGUAUUAACCGUGUGACUCGGCGUGCGACAUUAAGCGGUAUCCAUGUCAACAUGAGGAUAGGUGGUGCUUUUUUUGGCGGGAAAAUUCGGACGUGCCACUGGAGGUGGUGGAUCAAUGGCCGUCACAUUCAGGGUGAAAGCCAGUCCUUCCCAAAGACUGUCAGUCUGCAUGUAUCCGUGGGGUGGUGGUUCCGCUGGACAAGAGACCUUGUUCUGUGACUUGCGAGAGGCAUUUUACGCGAAAACUUAAGUGCAGUUUUUUAGUUUACUACGUAGAGUGCAGUUGACAGACUCUGUUAUUAAAUCUAUACAGCAUACCAGCAUUUCUCAACUCGACAGCAAUGGAAACGUAGUAUAUUCUACCAUUUUUAUCAGUAUAAACUUUAAAUUCUGCAAUGCCACAGCUGUUGACUUGUCUAAUAAUGUAAUUCUGUAGUCAGGUAAAAGUAUAAAAACAUAGUUUGCAUGGGCGCUGGCGAGACACCUUUGGGCUGGCCGUCUUAAAGCUUUUUGUUUGGGAAAACAUUCUAAGUCGCACUGUGCGUUAAACGCUUGGCAUGUCUGCCAUCUUACAUUUUGUGGGCCUGGUGCACAAACUGUAGCGCAGCUCUUGGACGCUCCCUUUGCCCGCCUCCCCUGCAUAAUUGGUCCAGGCCGCAUGCAGAGACUGCUGCCUGGAUGAGAUGUUAGCCGCCGGGUGCUGUUCGGAAGCGCCCUCAAAAAUCUGCCCACUGAGGCUUCCGGAGAAAUCCCUUUUGUGUUGGACACCUGUUUCUUCGAUCACCUGCCAAAGCUGCUCGAUAUCCUGUCAAUCUGAUCGUCUGCAAAUGAUUUGCUUUUACACUUUUUAAGCAAUAAAUAGUAUAUAUAGAUAUGUAGAUGUGUAUCCUGAAGAGUAUUUAGUGUAUUUUAUCUUUGUGAUCUUUACAGCAGACUUGCUGAUUGUACGCGCUUCCCUGCAUAUAUUCCGGAAUGCAGGAAGACCAAUAAAAGCAGCUUUCUCAUGAUCCGAAUCCGGUAUUUAGGCAUUAAAAGUAGACGAACGUGGGUUGAGGGAAUGACGAUCAAUUUUGCUGUCGUUUGUACAUAGACAGACUUUUCUGCUGCUGGGCCGUUGGCUGAUGUGGCUGGCAGGACCUGCGUCACACUGUUUAUGUUCUUUGCUGAAAUGCACCGUGCCACUGGGGGAGUACUUCGGGUUCCGUUCACGCAUUUGCCCUUUCGCUAUGCGUUUGCUGAACACUGUGGAGGGGGUGCAGCCUAUAUACGAAUUCAGUCAGUGAGGUGUUGCACUAAACCGACAAAUGGAUGCGGUUCUGUGGUCUGACUGCUUCUCCUGGGCGGUGGGAUCUUUAAUUGGACCCACUGAGCCGCCAGCGGGGGCUCCUGUUGCGGUUUUGGGUUUCCCUCUAAUCGCCGUCUCUCGGGGCAGCUACGCACACAGGGCGCUCUUUGUGAACAGCUCCUCCGCUCUCUUAUGUUCUCUGGGCCAAAUCUUCCUCAUAUUAUCUCCUCUGUUUUGUCUCCUCUUUCAUGCACGUUGAUCAGAUAGCGGAGAGACUUCUGAGAGCGCCUCGGGACAGAAGUGCGGCGAUUACCUGACGUAAAGAGCGGCUGUUUCUCGCUCUUUCAGUAGGACGGGCCCUGUUAUUUUACUGUUAUUUGCUGGAAAUAAGCCCCUUGUUGACCUCUGGGGUGGCUGUGUGACUGAAUGCUGGCUUUACAGGGGCUGUGCUGGCUGUGUAGCUGUUGGAUGUAUUUAUAUCUAUAUAUACCAUAUUUUUUUAUACCCACAUCCCCUUAUCACAUUACUGAGCCGUGAGUUUCACGCACAUCACGCAAUGGGGACUUUGCACAUCAUUAUCUAUUAUAAACGGUGCUUGGCGUCGUCGCAACACCAUGGGUUAUGCUUUAUUUUUUCGUUUAUAACGUGUGAUGCGAGCUUUAGGUUCUCUCUAAGUAGGAUCGGUACCGGUCCUGCUUCUUGCAAAUGCCCCCGCCUUCCCCAAAGCAGCAGGUGGCGCCGUUUUCCCCGCCCGAGUCGAGAGGCUUUUCUCAGGCGGUCUGGAACGGAGUGGAGCCUCGAAAGGUCUUUUGUACGUGUUGCACACUUAGCCUCUUUCAGACUGUGUCUAUAGCAGAUUAUGCUCUGAAUCGAACACUGUAUCAGUAGUACUUUGUGCAUCAAGUGCAGUUUAUUGUAAGAGUACAGAUGGUCCAAUUAAAGUUUUAUAUGAAAACCUAAA